AGGCGGGCGGGCGCGCGCGGCGCGUGCCCGGCGGGAGCGCGGUGGGGCUGGUGCCGAGCCCCGUCCUGAUCCAGAGCCCCGUCCCGAUCCACAGCCCCGUCCCGAUCCACAGCCCCGUCCCGGUGCUGCAGCGGGCGCAGGCUGGUUCCCUGAGGUGACAGGGGGGUCCCUGGAGAGGCCAUGGCCACCUAGAGCCUGGUGGGGCCGGAGAUGGCGGCGCAGAGGAUCCGGGCGGCCAACUCGGGGGGUCUCCCGCGGUGCAAGUCCGAGGGGACCCUCAUCGACCUCGGCGAGGCCUUCACUGAAACCAGCCUGGGCGACGUCAAAGUGCCUUCUCCCAGUGCCUUGCUGGUUGACAAUCCCACGUCCUUUGGGAACGCGAAGGAAGUCGUAGCAAUCAAGGAUUACUGUCCGACCAAUUUCACCACGUUGAAGUUCUCCAAGGGGGACCACCUUUAUGUCCUGGACACGUCGGGGGGUGAGUGGUGGUACGCCCACAACACCACGGAGAUGGGCUACAUCCCCUCCUCCUACGUGCAGCCCGUGAACUACCGCCACUCCUCCCUGACGGACAGCGGCAUGAUCGACAACCUGCUGGAGAGCCCUGACGAGGGGGCCAAGGAGUUGGACCUGCUUGGGGAGUGGACUGAUGCGAAGAGAAACUCUGUGAAAAUCCACAAUAACAACCCCUUCCUGAACGGAGUCCAGACAAACCCGUUCCUGAACGGGAAUGUGCACGCGGUGCCCGGCUCAGACAGAGAGUCCGACUCCAGCGUCACCGUUGACUUGCUGCUCUUCGACACGGGGGCUCCUGCAUCCACUGUCUCCAGUUCUGCUGCCAACAGCAGCCUGGGGAACAUUUUUGAUGAGUUUCCAUCCACAAACAGGCUGGAUCUGGACCAGCCUGUGAGAAGAGACAACCCCUUCUUCAGAAGUAAACGCUCCUACAGCUUGUCUGAACUGUCUGUUCUCCAGGCCAAGUCAGACGCUCCGGCAUCGUCGGGUUUCUUUAGUGGUUUGAAGUCUCCCACCCCUGAGCAGUUCCAGAGCCGGGAGGACUUUAGGACAGCGUGGCUGAACCACAGGAAGCUGGCUCGGUCUUGCCACGACUUGGAUUUGCUCGGUCAGAAUCCUGGCUGGGGUCAGACGCAGCCGGUGGAGACCAACAUCGUGUGCAAGCUGGACAGCUCUGGUGGGGCCGUUCAGCUGCCAGACACCAACAUCAGCAUCCACGUGCCCGAGGGCCACGUGUGCCCCGGGGAGACGCAGCAGAUCUCCAUGAAGGCCAUGCUGGAUCCGCCGCUGGAGCUCAACAGCGACAAGUGCAGCACCAUCAGCCCCGUCCUGCAGAUCAAACUCAGCAACAUGGAGGUGAAAACCUUCAUCAUCCUGGAGAUGAAGGUGUCGGCAGAGGUCAAGAACGACAUCACGAGCAAGAGUUUGGUGGGACUGCAGUGCCUGCGGAGCGACAUGAAGGAGGGGCCGUACACACCCAUGCAGCUGAGCUAUUCCUAUGGGGACACGAUCCAGGUGCAGCUGGAGAACCUGGAGCCUUGCAUGUACAUCGCAGCCGUGGCCCAAGGGCAGAACAUCCUGUACCCUUCCACCGUCUGGGAUUACAUCAGCAAGAAGAUCACGGUGGGCGUCUAUGGCCCCAAACACAUCCACCCUUCCUUCAAAACCGUGGUGGCCAUGUUUGGGCACGAGUGUGCCCCCAAGACCCUCCUGGUGAACGAGGUCACCAGGCAAUCCCACAGCCCGGCCCCCGUCGCCCUCCAGCUCUGGGGGAAGCACCAGUUUGCCCUGUCCCGGCCUCAGGACCUCAAGCUCUGCAUGUUCUCCAACAUGACCAACUACGAGGUGAAGGCCAGCGAACAAGCCAAGGUCGUCCGGGGCUUCCAGAUGAAGCUGGGCAAGGUGAGCCGCCUCAUCUUCCCCAUCGCGUCUCACGACCCCAACGAGCUCUCGGACUUCACGCUGAGGAUACAGGUCAAGGAUGACCAGGAUGCCAUUUUGACCCAAUUCUGCGUCCAGACGCCACAGCCGCCUCCGAAAAGUGCCAUCAAGCCGACGGGGCAGAGGCGGUUCCUCAAGAAGAAUGAGGUUGGGAAGAUCAUCCUGUCACCGCUGGCUGCCACCGCCAAGUAUCCGGUUUUUCAGGACCGGCCGGUGCUGAGCCUCAAGUACGGCAAGCUGCUAAAGACGGUGGUGAGGCAGAGCAAGAACCACUAUUUGCUGGAGUACAAGAAAGGAGAUGUCAUAGCCCUCCUCAGUGAGGAGAAGAUCAGGUUGAAAGGCCAGCUGUGGACCAAGGAGUGGUACAUUGGCUACUACCAGGGCAAAAUUGGCCUCGUGCACACCAAAAACGUGCUGGUGGUUGGAAAAGUCAAGCCCAGCUACUUCUCUGGGCCAGAUCUCACCACCAGCCUGUUGCUGGAGCAGAUCCUGAGGCCCUGCAAGUUCCUGACCUACAUCUACGCCUCGGUGAGGACUCUGCUGAUGGAGAACCUCAGCAGCUGGAGGUCCUUCGCCGACGCUCUGGGCUAUUCCAACUUGCCACUCACGUUCUUCUGCCGGGCUGAGUUGGACAGUGAGCCCGAGAGGGUGGCCUCCGUCCUGGAGAAGCUGAAGGAAGACUGCAACAGCACGGAGAACAAGGAGAGGAAAUCUUUCCAGAAGGAGCUGAUGACGGGUUGUUCUGGCCAUCACAUGGUUAUAUCUCUUUCUGGGACCAUCCAGGAUUGGAAAACUCCCACCAUGGGAGCCUUGGUGUCCCUGGUCCCUCCAAGGAAGGGUUUGCUCCUUUAAUCCUUAACCUCGGGGAAUGAUGGGAUGGAAUCUGGGCUGCUCUUGCUGGAUGCUUCCAAGAGCUUUGUGCAGUUUGCUUUACCCCAUUGCAAACCCAGAGGUGUUUCUUUUAUCUCCUCCCAUUGUUUUCAGGGAUCCCAGACAAUGUGUAGGUCCUGGAGAAUCCAUGCCAGACCUUGGUGGGGAGACAAGGGGCAAGAUAAGGCUCUUUGCAUACUCAGGGAGCUGCUGACUCAGGGGGAGGAAAACAUCCUGCUCCCAUAGGGAUGCCUGGAGUGCAGAGUCCCAGGGCAGGUUUUAUUCCCCUUGUUUGAGGCUAAUCCUGUUCUCUGGGAGGCUGAGCCUGUCAAUAAAGGAUGAGCUCCCUUCUUCAUAGAACAUGAUGCUGCUUCCAAACCCUUUGCUGCCUUCAAAUCCUCCUUGGCUUAGGGAGAAAUUAGAUUGAGCCUGUUGGAAGAAGCAAAUAAUGACGUUUCGGGGGCUGACAAUGGAGCAGUAAUGUAUUUUAUUGUGUUUAAAUCUGAUUUUAUCUGCAACAAAUGGACUCUUGCUCUGGCAAGAACUGGUUGCAUUAAGCUCCAAACUGGCCAUGUCAUCUUCAAGUUGGUUGUCUCCCCUCAAAAGGACUGAGAGGAGAAGUCCCAGGCAGGUUUUUCUGAGUUCAGGACACAAAACUCCAGUGGCAGAGCUACUGCACCAGCAGCCAAGCAUGGAAAAGCCUGGUCAGGAUGACUAGUUAAUAAGUAAUCUGUCUUUAAUGACUGUUUUUCUAAUGGAGCAGUAGCAGCAGAGUGUGAAGGUAACUUGGGGCAACGUUGCUCAGAUGGGAAUCACCACAGCAGAAAGGGAAACCUCACCCUCCCUCCUCCCUGCAGGAAGAGCACGGAUGGUUUGGCUAAAAACCAGCACCUGGGCACGGAUUCAGGAAGAUUUUGUUGCCACUGGUACCUGGCCAUGGCUACGGUGGGGUUAGACCUGUCCUGGGACACAGGAGUUCCCCUCUCCAGCUUUUCAGUACAGGGUUUCUAUGGAGACUCUCAGUUAUCAUCCUUCCCAACGGGCUGUUGGGAAAAACACAGGUCUUCUGGGAAUGCACCCAGGCACGUCAGCACAGAGCUGUGGAAACUGUGAGCUUGUUCUUCUCCAGGCUGCUUGUGCAGGUUGUGCAGGAGAAGAGGUUGGGAUUCUUCUCCCUCCUCUGGUUUUGUUUGCUCUGACUGCAGGUGUCUCGUGCUGCCUUUCUUCUGCCAGAAGUCCCUGGUGUGUGCAGAUCUCAAAGAGCUGCUGGGGGGCUCCACAAAUCCCUAAAGUCCUGUAGAUCAGGGUGUUCGGGCCUUGGACCUUGUGCUGCCACACCCAGGGUGGCUGGUGUUGGGUCCCUCCUGCUCCUCCAUCCUGAAGCAAUCGUGGAAUCCCAGAAUGGGUUGGGUUGGGAGGGAUCUUAAAGCUCAUCCGGUGCCACCCCCUGCCAUGGCUGGAACACCUGCCACUAGCCCAGGUUGCUCCAACCUGGCCUUGGACACUUCCAGGGGUGGGGCAGCUUCUGUGGGCAACCUGUGCCAGGGCCUCCCCACCCUCCCAGGGAACAAUUCCUUCCCACAAUAUUUAAACCCAGAAAAGCCGCCCGUGGUUGCACUGAUGGGACCUUCUCCAAGCCACUUGGGAAUGUGGCUGAUGGCACUUGGUGUCAUGUCAGAAGGGAUGCCUUCAGCACACUGAGACCCAGCUGGGCAUCACAUCCAAGGGAAUUGCCCCAUGGAGCCAGUGCAUGACUGCAUUAGGUAAAAAAAAUGAGUAUUUAAGACUGAGAGUGUGUAGUGAGGUAUUUUAAGUGUGUGACGUGAUUUUGGAGGUGCUGACAGCCAAAAAUAGGAGCAAAAGAGGUGUUUAAUCCCUGAACAAGGGUUAUUUUGGGGAGCAGAGCCGACUUGUUUGGGUCAAAACCUCCCCUGUAUCCUGGAGCAGACAAUGGAGACAGGAGCGUCCUCUCACCCCGGCUCUCAGGAGCUCCUGGGGACACGGGGCCUUUCCCUGCGUUUGUGGAGGUCCCAGGUGGGAGCUGUUUUCCUGCAGCUGCUGCUUUCCUUCGUUAGGAAAUGGGAUUGUGCAUUUCAAAGCUGGGCUGUGAAUUCAGCCUCCCCUGGAUGCCUUUGAAGUUGAGGUGCUCCUGCUUUGAACUGGCGUUGGAAUAUCAAACACCCUCUUUGCUGCCAGGCUGGUGGAGCCAGAUCCUCCAAGGGGAAUAAAUAUUUGGGAAGGCUCUGGCAAGGCACGGCCCAGGUCACACCUGAGCAUGGGGUGGAUGGGCCCAGCUACCCCUGGAGGUUUGUCCAGGGUAAGGGAGGAGGAUGGAAAAGACUGCAGUGUAAUCUCAAAAGGAAGAUGGAAAAACUUGCAGUGUAAUCCCAAAAGUGCCUGCUGAAGGAUUAAGUCUGUUGAGCUCAUCCCAGUGUGCUGCUGUUCCCACUAAUAUUCCCCCUCUGGCUCCGACCUUGGUGUCCUCCUUGCACCCAUUCCCACCUGGCUUUUGUGGUAUCCCCAUCCCAUGGAAUCUGGGUGUUGAGCUGCCAGGACAAAGCUCGGGAAGGGGGUGGGGCUUUGGCCAUCGGGAGGUUUCAGAGUCAUGAUCCAUCUCUUCCGAAGUUGUUCCUUUGAGAAAUUAAUCACAGUUCUUGAUUAGGUGCUGUCCUUGUUGCUGUUUUGUUUGCUUGGAGAAGGUCCCAUCAGUGCAACCACAGGCAGCUCUUUUGGCUUUAGAUACUGGGAAGGAAUUUCUCCCUGGGAGGGUGGGGAGGCCCUGGCA